ACCUCGAUACGACCUUAAAUAUAUGAAGAAAAAAAAAACUUAGAUUGUGUUUACCUAAAAUUCGAGUUUUUUAAGGAACUUGAAUUUUUUUCUCAUAAAGCCCUUUCAAAUAUUUUUCUUAGUUUAUGUCGCCUCUAAAACCCCGGUACGGUGCUGAAAUCGUUUACAAAACGUUGUUACUGUGUAUAAAGAGUUAAUCCAAUCUAGGAAGUGAGUUAAAAUAUCUCCGUUAUGGUAUAUAAGUUGUGUUCCAGAGCGUUUUGUAAAGUAGAGUAAGGAUGUUGGUUAACGGAAGAUUAGGUCAAGAACGUGACGAAGACAUCAAAAAACGUGUCUAUAAAAAGGCUAGCAGUGAGUUGUUGGCUAUUCUUGAGCAGUUUGGGGGAUCAAUAGUUUCUAAACGAUUUGAGAAUGUUGUGUUGUACUGUGAUAUCCCGAGAGACAUCAUGUUUCCGUUGGAUAUUGUCGAGAUAUUCAAAGAUUUAUCUGAUGACGAAGAAACGAUGAAGUUGGAUAACAUCGAGAAGGCGCUUUAUUUGGAUUGGUGCUCAAAAACGUUAUGUUAUGCACACGUGAUCUUCGAUGACAUUGUGGAUAACAGCAAGACUCGUUAUGGAAAGCCCUGUUGGCAUCGAAGAAGCGAUGUCGGACUGUCGGCCGCUUUUGAUGGGCUUUUGAUAGACAAAUCGAUUCAUUAUCUCAUGAAUACAAAAUUCAAUCGCGAUAUUAUUGAUGCCGUACUGGAAAAGUUAUUCUUUUUGAACGCAGGCCAAACUUUGAUCGACACGUUGAGCAAGGUUGGUGAUUUUGAAAACUUUAGUAGGGCAUCGUAUGAACAAGUUGCUAAUCUCCUAGAUUCAUGUAUUAUAACAUUGCCUAUUAGGAUGGGAAUGAAUCUUGCAGGCAUCACUGACCUAAAUGCAGUAGAUAAAAUGCAGACAAUUACUUCAAAAAUGCAAGUGCUGUAUCAAAUGAUGAACGAUUACCAGGACUUGUUUGGGGACGCUGGGAGGGUGGGAAAAGAAGAGAGCGAUAUUCAAGAACGCAAAUGUUCCUGGUUUGCGGUCAAAUGUUUGGAAAAGGCAAGUUCUGAACAAAAAGAGUUAUUCAAACAAAACUAUGGCUGUGAUGAUCCUGAAAAGGUAGCCAAAAUUAAAGAACUUUACAAAACAUUGCAAUUAAAGGAAGAGUACAACAAGUGUAAACAUGAAUUAUGUAAAUUGAUAGAAGCUGAUAUCGAAAGAGUUGAACUACUUAAAUUGCAACGGGCACUAUUCGCAGUGUAUACAAAAAUUGCAAAUUCAAAUGUCAAUGAAGCAAAUGUUUGAUGAGUGUUAGGAUUACAUAUGAUUGUAUAAAUUACAAAAACAAGUAGACUUAUCCUUCGGUAAAUUUGUUUAAGCGUUUUUGCUGUAGCGAAACAAUUAAAGAAGAAGUACUACAAUGUUUUUACAUACAGUCCAGACUCGAUUAUCCGAAGGCCUCGGAUUUUUCGUUGUCUUAUUUAUAUGUAACUGUCAUGCCAGAGAUUUUCAGAUAGAAAACUCGAAUUAAUUUUUAGAUUUUAAUUGUAGCCAUUAUUCGUGGUAACUUUUAUAAUAGAGUUAUCUACGUGCGCAUGUAUUGCGUGUACGUACACGAAAAAAAAUUAGGUUAAAUUUUGUACCAGCCAGCAAAACAAAUGGUGUGCUAGUGUGUGUGAGAUCGGUCUUAGAUAGCUCUAUAGGAGGAUGUCAGAGAAAUAACUUAAACGUGAACGGCCGUGGCUGACUGGUUACGGUGUUCGCUUUCUAAGCGAAUGGUCCUGGGUUCGAUUCCCAUCUGCUCCCAACGAGAAAGUAUAGGAAAUAUUAAUCUUGAAACUCUGAACAUGAACGAAAAAUCAAAGUCGCCCGAGUCGGGGUUCGAUCCCCCGUCCUUUGGAUUGGUAAGCAAAAAUGCUAACCACUAGGCCAUCACGGCUUGGUGAGCGACGUCUGAAAUUAGGAAUACUGUUACUAUCAAACUAUAUACGCGCUGGGUCCUUGUCCAUUUGACAAGGGUUCGGAAGUUCUAAAUAACGUUUGAACCCGAUUGGUGCAAACGUUCUUUAGGGCGGGGCUUGUCGAUAAAAGCGGAGGGACCUCGCGCUCGGCUAGCCAGCGUAGAAAUGGGUCACCGAAGCUCGGCAGAGCUAACACCUUCCAAAUGCCUAU